ACACUCAGACGCUCUCACACACACUCAUGGAUUAUUACCUUCAUCUGCUGCUGCUGCUGUGGACCUGCAGCCUCCUGCCAGGUGAGUCCUCGCUCUCUCUCCAGAUCAGAACUGCUGAUAGGACGCCUCCUGUUACCAUGGCGAUGGGAGGGAGGGAGGUUCAGGUGGGGAGGGUUCAGGUGCAAAAUAAAGACUUAAAGGAUCAAAAAUGAGCGGUGAUGUUUUAGAAAAUAUGUCAACUGAUCAUUAAAUCUGACCUCUGACCCUCGGAUGAUCCUCAGAGAAUUCAAAAUGUUUAAAAAAUAAAAAUAUAAAAGAUUUUAAAACUUUUUAAAGUGAAAACAAAAUUUUUAAUUCAACAUUUAGAUUCAUAACAACACAGAGGGAAACUGAUUUAGAGUUUAUUUUUUAGAUUUACUGUUAAUGAAAUAAUAAAACUGACCGUCAAAAGUCAUGAGGAAGAGGUAUCUUUUUUGUCCAGAGGGGGCGCCAGAGUGGACACAGACAUAAAGUUCCUUACAGGAGCUUUAAAAAUGAAGUUUUUAAACCUUUAAUAUUUACUGUUAUCUUAAAUAUUUGUUGAAUUUACAUUUAAACAUUUUGACUUUUAGAUUUUAGACUGAACUUGAAUUCAUCAUAAUAAACCUUAAAUUUGAGAGUGCUGUCACCUUGAAUAAUGAUUUCACGACAAAAAUAGAUUUUUAACACGUUCAUAAAUAUUGCUCUAAAUAUAAGAAGAAGGUGGAUUUAUGAAAUCUCCACCAUGACUGAGUGAACCUGCUGAAAUAAAUCUGACUUUGAUUCUGCGCACAGCUGAAGCUCGUUUGUCUCUCCGGGCUUCCGUACGUCCAUGUUCAGUCUGAGAGCCGACAGCUGCAGAAACACUCAUCAUCAUCAUCAUCAUCAUCAUCAUCAUCAUCAUCAUCUGAAAACCUGCAGCUCAUUGUCUGUGUGUGUGUUUCUGUUUGUCUGCACAGAUCUCUAAAACAGAAACUCUGUUUUUGUUCAGAGGAAUCAUCAUAAAGUUUAUGAGCUCCUGUUCGACUCUAUAAACAGGAACGAGUCUUUCUUACAGUCAGAGUUACUGAGAGUUCACCAUCGAAACCAGAGCAGGAAGUAAAGCAGCUGUUACCUAAAUAACCGUCCUCUCACUUCCUUUAGAGAAAAGAAAUUCAGUUUCAAUGUUUUAUUUAAAUUUAUUCAAACAGCAGACGACGUUCCCCUGAGGUUCAACACGACUUCAAAUGACUUCAAAUGACUUCAAAUGACUUCAAACGACCAAAGUACAACUUUUCUGUCCUGCAGCAGUGAAACAGGCUUUAACAGCUGCAGGGAUUUAUUUCACCAGCACCAAACUACAGAGGAAAAAACUCUAAUUUAACCUCCGAGAGAAAAACGGUCUGCUGCUGCCUCACUGAAGGUCCUCACACACCGGGACCGACGUAAAUAUACGACGCCAAAUUAUGAAAUAUUCAGAGGUGAAUUUUGACGCGCCUGACUAUAAACAUCAAGCCUGAUGUGAUUUUGCGACUUUCGAGGGGGGGGCUGACAGUGUUGAGAUGUCUGUCUGUCAUGAUAGCAUGUACUGAGUCUGAGUCAUAGACUGUAUAAACUCUGGACAACUUGGUUCUGCCUCUCGCCAGUUUACGGAUUUGAAGCCGAAAAGUUCUCGGUAAUUCUGCGAUUUUUCUUCAUUUCCUGAAACCAACAUUGCGCAGUAGCAUUGUACACAUUCGGCUGUGAUGACACUCGGCUCAAACAGCGUAUCCUUCGGUGAUCUACUCAAUCUCUGUCCUCCCAUAGGCUGUAUCAGGUGUCAAUCAUAGAAAACAUGAACCCCCUAAUAACUUUUAAAAAUGGAGCUGUACAGAAAAAAGAGGACUUGAGCACAAACCAGUCUGACAGUAACUACAUGUCAACAUCACAACCAGGGGGAGAAACAUUUAUAUUCUGUGUCAUUCAUUUAGAAAGUUUGUCCACAGCUCCAUAAGGAGGCGGGGUUUAGGACCUAUACUGCAGCCAGUCACCAGAGGGUGCUGUUCUCAGAGUGUAUUCUAUAUACAGUUUAUGGUCAGGGCCAGUACUAGAUGAACACAUUAAACUAUAAUCCAUAAACGUAAGGGAACAACCGAGACCUGAUGGUGCUGUGAAAGCAACGCUGUGACUGAGUCUACAGUGAAAAUACAUAUGGUAUGUUGUAUCUGAACAGGUUUGCAUAUGAGCUUAAGUUACGUUAGCACAGAUGAAAGUUAAAACAAAGACGUUUAUCAAACUGUUAAAGCUCACAAACCAUCGUCAGAUGAGAAAUCCGACGCUAUGACUCUCCACAAGUUGUCCUUCAGGUCGUUAUCUUUGUAAUGUUUGUGUCUUUUAUCAAAAAUCACUCUGUUCUCCGACACAGAAACAAUCAGCCGGUCGGCCAUGUUGGAUAUACCGGUGAAUCAGACGUCGCAACAACACGAAAUCUGAUUGGUUGAGCAGUGGACACACAGUAUGAGAAACUCCAGAAAAAUCGACCGUGAUCCAAAAAAAUAAAUGCCUUAAUAUCGCAGGACGGGAAAACGUCGCUGAUGUGAACGCUUGUAUUGACAGGAUACGGGUUCGAAAAAAAAUAUUGACGUCCGAAAUAAUCGCACGAAAAAAAUGAUGUGAAAGGACCUUUAUUUUGUUUCAGUACAAACCAGGAAAGGGUGACGUUUCCUGAACAGGUGCUCAUGAAAACCACGAUCUCCAUAAGGUGAGCAGGACUUCUGCAGGACGUUUCUGUCCUCACUGUCGUCGUGGUUUCAGUCUCUCACCAGCUCUGCUGCUGCUGCUGGUGCACAGAUUGCAGGACAGGAUGUUUCUCCACCUCUGCCUGAAGCUCCUCACUGAGCCUCUCCUCGGGCGACUUCUUCACCGUCUCGGACCUUCAGUCAAAACGAGGAAAGUCGAGACAAGAGCGACACAUCACUUUAUAACCUUUAAUAAAAUCAGCUGGCUCACGAUCAGCUGCUUCUUCUUCAUCUCUCCACCCCUGCAGAGGACCACCACUCUGACCCGCAUGUUUGCUCCUAAAGACAGUUAUCGUCUAUGACGUUAAAAAGUCUGUUUCAGUGUCGUCCUGUAAGAACAGAGUCUCUGAUCUUCUUCAUCACUGAGGUUUUAGCCACAGAGUCGACAGGCGGCGCUCAGAUCAGAGAGGCGGUUCCUGUUUUAAUUUAGUGUCACAGUUCAUAUCUGGUUUUGACCAAUCAGGAUCAAGUAUCUAACAGCUGUUUAAUAAAAAGAAGGUGGUUGUUGUGGUCGAGGGCGUCUCUUUGAUGGCGAACAUCUUCUAAAGUGGACCCGGGUUUGUUUUUCUGCUGAGAUCUUUGUUUGUGUCUGAUCAACACGCCAUGUUGUUGUUGUUCUGGUUCUGGUUCUGGUCGGUCACACCAGCUGCCACAUGAUCAUUGGAAAUCAGUCAAGUGAGUGUUUGAUUUGACCUCCUUUACGUCUCAGACAGGUGGAGUUAAUCACAUCUGGAGACACGUGUGUGUGUGUGUGUGUGUGUCUGUGUGUGUGUGUGUGUGUGUGUGUGUGUGUGUGUGUGUGUGUGUGUGUGUGUGUGUGUCUCUCUGUCUUUAAUCUGUCUCGUAUUAAACUCCAGAAACCGAAUUAGAAACGUCUCUGGCUGCCAGCUCGCCGUCCCAGCUGAGCUCCUCCGUAACCACAGACAUCCACGGUUCUGUUUGGUCUGAAACAAAGACGACGCAGUUCUGAUCAGGGACAGAACCGUCGGGUCGAAGUUUAUAUAACUGAAGAAAAUCAGACGAGGACUGAAAAAUGACAGGAGGACACGUGUCGGUCUGAGGACAGAGGAACCAGAAAAACCUGGUUUUGGACCUGGUUCUACAGAUCUAUGAUAACGACAUGCACGGUCACUACAUCUGCUCCGAACCCGCUGUGACCUUUGACCUGUGCUGCCCGUCACGGAGGUGCAGGGUUAUCAUGACGCAGAUCCAGCAGAGACGUCUGUCGGCCUCCUGGAGGAAGUGACACAGACGACGUUUGGCGGUGACAGUAAGUCCCUCCCAUCUCUGACCUGAUUGGACUCCUCUCAGCUGCUGCGUCUGUUUAAAUUAAUGUGACAGUAGAUUCAGAACCAACAAAGUCGACCAAGAAACAAAAACAGAAACUGAUCCCAACAGAACAUAAAUCUACAGUGACCAAGUCUUUUCUCACCUGAACAUCAUUCUCUCAAGUCUAUCAGGAGCAGAAAUAUUGGGAUUCUAACAAACACACAACAGAAACUAUUGACAUAUUUACACUCAUUCUUCCAGGCGUUUCAGUUCCUGUCUGGGAUGAGACAGAGGACCACAUCAGACUGCUCAGAAUCUCUUCUUUACUUGUUUCCAAACAUUGAGGACCAUUAUUUCUGAUUUUACAGACAAGCAGGGAACUUUCAUGUCUCUUAUUGGACACUACCGUCAAGGGAACAAUAGAAGCUGAGAGUUAAAGAGCUUGGACCUGAUCUUUGCAGGAGAAGAUGAGGGCCAAAGAGCUUAGACCUGAUCUUUGCAGGAGAAGAUGAGAGUUAAAGAGCUUGGACCUGAUCUUUGCAGGAGAAGAUGAACGUUAUAGAGCUUGGACCUGAUCUUUGCAGGAGAAGAUGAGGGCCAAAGAGCUUAGACCUGAUCAAACAGAUGUUAAAAUAAACCUGCAUUUAUUUGACCGAGGGAGGAAGUGCAGUUUAUGAAUCUUUAGAGAAGAAUAUGAGACCGUGCAAUUGGUCGAAAGUUUGACAGAAAAAGACGUCAUCAAAACAGAUCGUCAAACCCAGGGGACAUUAGUGGCAUUUAGAGAUAGUGAUCUUUUUUUAUCACGCCUAUUUUUGAGGCUGGAUUGUAAACCUUGUGGCAGGUGUAGAAAUGUCUGGAAACCCUCGAUAGAUCGACUAAAGGGUAAAUUUUUGAACACUUUUCAUCCCGUAGAGAAACACGGUGUAGUUACUGAGAAACUGUGAACUAUAUUCAUGGAGUUACGUGGGAUCGACGGCGGAGUUCGAAGUGUUAAUAUCACUUGUCUGAUGAAUCAAAAUCUAACACCCUUUUGGAAAGGACAACUGGACUUAUUUGAGGUGAAACGUCUCAAAUAAGUCCAGUUGUCCUUUCAAUGAAGAACUGGAAAUCAUAGAUGCUGCAUCCUCAGUUUAAAACAAGAUCUGCAGCUUUAGGAGGAACAUCUACACGACUUUUUCAGGGACGACCUUCAUAUGAUCCCUCUGAUCAAACACCUAUAUUUGUGGCUGGAUUGUAAACCUUGUGGCGGGUGUAGAAACGUCUGGAAACCCUCGAUAGAUCGACUAAAGGGUAAACUUUUCAACACUUUUGAUCCCGUAGAGAAACACGGUUUAGAUCCUGAGAAACUGUGAGCUAUAUUCAUGGUGUCACGUCUGAACUUUCUGCUCAAACAUCUCCGACUUCAUUUCUCCUGCGACAAAAAUAUUCUCCUCCAUGAUCCCGGGCCUGCAGCUGGAUCUGGAUCUGGUUUGAAUUAUCAGAACCGCUCAGGCCCAUCUGGAAAAUUCACCUACGUAUGAACACACACCGAAGUCAGAGAGGAGCCUCUGUGUAAAAACCCAGAAGAAUGUGUCAGGAGAGCCAAAGAGGAUCAUCCAGAUCUUCAGGCCCAUCAUGGAGUGGCAGCGAGAGGAGACUCUCAGACUUGGUCCUGGAUCUGGAUCCCGUCUCCGCCAAGUCCCCCUCCAUCUCCAUCCAACAGCUGCUAUAAAUCCAGCCGGUCCCUGGAAGCAGAACCAGAUUCCUCUCAGCUGUGAGAAUAAAAAACCCACCUGAAAGACAGAGGCCAUUACCCAUCAUCCCCCUCUUCUCCGGCGUUAUUUUGGGCUGCCUGCUGGCGAACAGACCCGCGGCACGCCGAGUUUUUUCCGAGUGCGUCGCUCAUUUACACAGCUGGAGGACACGCAGCGGCGCGCUCAGAGGAAAUACUUCACAGAGGGUCACAGAGGGGUCAAAAGGUAACAGGCUGGUAUGAAGUUUUGACCCGGAGCUGCAGAAACGUCCGUGUGUGGAGGCUCAGUCAGAUAGACAGCCUCUAGUGGACACUCACAGAAGUGCAGCUCUUCAGGAUGGAUCAGUCUGUGUGAUUUUUCCACCCUGAAGAGUCUGAUCUCAUGUCAGAAACACGCUCCUCCAUGACGAUGAUUUAUUUCCUCUUUUUUCUUCUGUUUUUAUUCGGAUGUUAAAGAUUUAGAGCUGGACUCCUGAUGAAAGGAUGAAAUCACCCUUCCUCUCUCUUCCAGGCCGCUCUCACUUUCCUGUCCUGGAAAAAUCAAACAUGACGUCAUUUUCAUUUACUUCUUUCUCUGCGGCGUUUCAAGGCCGUCCUCCUCGUCCUCCUGGAGGAGAGGAGAGACUAACAAAGAGGAGGUGAAGGCUCUGCCGUCUUUACACCUCCGGUCUGGUUCAGGACAGAUCCUUGGAGAACAAAUCCAAAGUUUAGAAAAGAGACGAGGUCAACAUGAUGGCUGAUCCUGAACCAGGACUGACCUACUCCUCCUGACAGGGGUUUGUCCUCGCCAAAAGUCUCAGGGGGGAGGAGCCUAAAGAGGAUCUCAUUAAAAACAGGUCUUUAAUCCACACAGUUUAGAAGGUCUCAGAGAGUCUGGACCCUCAAACCUGCAGAGACUCAGUCCAACUUCUGAGGACCUGAAGUAGUUCUGGGAUCAUGAGCCUGUUAAAGAAACACAAAAACUCUUCUAAUAUCAGUCAAUAUUUAUUAGUUAUUGAUUAUUUGGUAAUAUAUCGAUAUCUCUGUGUUCUCUUAUGUCUGUGUCGUCAACAUUUGAACAUUUUUGAGCGGUCCGCUCUUUCUGACUGUAAACAAAGCCGUUCUCCACCUCCUCUAACCUGAUUGGUUGUGAGGCGGACGCUGCUCCCCCGUGUCGUUCAGGAGCCUAAACAAAGUUAGCGUGCUACAAUAUCGGACAGUAGAAACCAACCAGAAAGUUCGGAAAAUUGUCUGAAUCCUCCUUUGGCCACGACUGCCGACACAAGCAAGAAAACACUCAAACAUAAACAGUCAGCAAGAAAACAGUCAACACCAAACCAGUCAACACCAAACUGGUCAACAAGAAAACAGUCAACAAGAAAACAGUCAACAAGAAAACAGUCAACAAGAAAACAGUCAGCAAGAAAACAGUCAACAAGAAAACAGUCAACCAUAAACAGUCAGCAAGAAAACAGUCAACAAGAAAACAGUCAACAAGAAAUCAGUCAACCAUAAACAGUCAACACCAAAACAGUCAACAGGAAAACAGUCAGCAAGAAAACAGUCAACCAUAAUCAGUCAACAAGAAAACAGUCAACAAGAAAACAGUCAGCAAAAAAAAACAGUCAACAAGAAAACAGUCAACCAUAAACAGUCAACUAUAAACAGUCAACAAGAAAACAGUCAACAAGAAAACAGUCAGCAAGAAAACAGUCAACAAGAAAAUGCUGCUCCCCCGUGUCGUUCAGGAGCCCAAACAAAGUUAGCGUGCUACAAUAUCGGACAGUAGAAACCAACCAGAAAGUUCGGAAAAUUGUCUGAAUCCUCCUUUGGCCACGACUGCCGACACAAGCAAGAAAACAAAGUAAAUACCGGAGACUCUGGAGGAAUAACGGGCGCUUAAAACGGAGGUAGACCGGACAAGAGCUAAAAAGCCGGGUCAACAUAAACGAUGGGGGACGCUUGGGGAUCUUGGUGACCCUGUAACCUUUCUGCUGGACAGGUAAACCGCUUUAACAAAGUAAAUACCGGAGACUCUGGAGGAAUAACGGGCGCUGUUGUCCCAUUUGUAAUGAUCUGAAGUAUUUAUCUGCAUUAUAUCUGAAUUUAAUUGGAACGAUACGAGCGAGCAGGAGCGUCUGUUUGUGGGCGGGGCUUGAGGGGAGAGGAGGAGCUGAGGGGAAAACUGGUUGGGAGGGGUAGAGUUUACAUUCAAGAUAUACAGAUCCUGACUACAACACCUUUAACAAACAAAAACAGUCAGAUGAACCAGGACGGGACCUGUAACAUCAGGACCUGCAGACCUGUAAAAUCAGGACCUGCAGACCUGUAACAUCAGGACCUGCAGACCUGUAACAUCAGGACCUGCAGACCUGUAACAUCAGGACCUGCAGACCUGUAACAUCAGGACCUGCAGACCUGUAACAUCAGGACCUGCAGACCUGUAACAUCAGGACCUGGAAAAACAACAUUUUCUAACGAGUUUUAGAUCUUUGAUUUCCUACAGUCCUGAAGGUGUCGCUCACUGGUGUAGUUUUAGACGUAGUUGAACUCAAAUUUCGGAGGAUGGAUCUAAAGGUGAAAGGUCAGAGUGAUCUUUAAAACGGUGAAAUGUCCCUUUAGGUCUUCACAAAGGGUUUACUGUCAUACUGGUUCUAAGAAGUUCAGGUCCAGGUCCUGAUGGGUUCUUGAGCCCGGUGAUGGUCCCUCUGGUCCCGGUUUAACCUUCUUCUUCUUCUUCUUCUUCUUCUUUCAGAUCUUCAGCUCUGCUUCAACUUCGACACAAAGAACUUCAAGAUCUUCCCCGGUCCUGAAGAAAUCCAGUUCGGCUACAGAGUCCAGCAGCACGAGGCCGGAGGGCGCCAAUGGUGAGAAACCCGGUCCAGUAUCUACCCACCAGAACCUAAACCAGAGUUCUGGUUCUGGUCGUGAUAAAGUGUCCAAAUGUAAAUAUGAAACAGAAGGUGGUGAAACAGCUGCUCUCGUAUCGUACCCGGACCCAAAGUCAUGAAGACUCACAGAAAUCACUGAUAGUUUGAGUCAAAGACGUCAACAUGAAGAGGUUGUUCACAGACACAGACUCGAGGUCCACCUGGUCUCUCAGUUUCAGGGAGAAGUGGACUCUCUGCAGACCUUCUCCUCUGAAAAGUCUUAGUCGUGCUGGAGGAGUUGUGGCUCCACUGGAGCAGGUGGAGAAGGAGGAGAAGGAGAGGGAGAACAUCUCGACCUUCUCUAAGGCUGGAUGUUUCUCCUCUGAAGCUGCUCUCUGCCUCCGUCAGUCUUUACUUUCCUCACGAAGCACGAAUCAAGAUCAGAGCCUGAAUCUGAUCACUUUAUUGAUCUUUAUUAGCCGAUCAGAGGCAGACGACUCCAGAAAUGAUAGAAAAACUACAGAGGGUUAAAAAUGACGUAUCCACGCUGUCCCGGUUUAAACGGGUUAGUCCAGUAGAGCAGAUUAAAGUUCUGUCUCCACCUCAGUGGACUCCUUAAACCAGGUCUUGUGGUGACCCAGAAGCUGACUGACUGACCUGAUGAGUCCCUGAUGUUGGGGCCUCAGGGUCAGACCUGGACCUUCAGCUCUCUUACUUUCUGAGUUCACAGUUUUCUCAGGGCGAGCUGAACGUCUCUGUCUGUCCACCUCCCUGUAAAGACAGAAUAAAUACUGUCUGUCCGUCUGUCUGUCCGUCUGUUUAGAAAUAAAAACAUUAGGAUUUAUUGGACCCAGCAGCCCGUCAAACUCCAGAGUCCCUGAUCUGGAGAUGUUUCCAGGACAGUCGGUGAUCACGCUCUCUCCUCGCCGUGCUGAAGGUCAGUGAAUCAUGGCAGACGUCAGGAGCGUGUCAGGAUGAGUCUGAUAAGUGGAACGUUUCUACAGACUGUUAUUUGGAGGUCUCUCAGAGGGUCUCUCAUGAAGUCUAUCUAAUCACAUGUCUGCACGGCUCCGGUGUUUUCACAUGUUCUCACAUGUUCCUGUACAGCCUGUCCUUGGCACCGCACCAGUCUGCUCAGUGUUUUUCUGCUCUCUCCUGCUGUCCGAUCCUCAGCAGACACAUUCGAACCUCCAGCCGCCUCCUCCUCCUCCUCCUCCUCCUCCUGCUGAAACGAUAAACUGAGGAGGAGAUCUUUUACUCUGAACAGUUAUAGAAAUGUGAUCAGCAGAGGAGUCUGUAUCACCCGGUUUAUACCAGGUACCCUAAAGACUCGGGUUUGAGACCCCCUACAGUCUCAGUUUGACAGAUUCAGGGUCAGGUGUGGCUGCAGGUCGGGGUGUUACUGUUUACACAACCGAUGGAAACAUCGAGGUCAGUUAACGUGGUUCAGACACUGGAUAAAACCGCCUCCUGGACGCCCCCUUUUAGUGGCCUACCUUCAGGCAGACUGACCCCCGACCCCCGACCUUCAUCCUGAUGGUCUCCUAAAAGGUCGUAUCCUCCGAUCGUAGCUGAUCGUAACCAUUCAAGUUAACAUGUCGCCGGACUCCUCAGCUGAUCACAAGAGUUCGUGUUUCAGGAGGAUCGUAUUUCACACCAUGCAAACGGGCGGAGACGAACAAGUGAAAGGUUUUUAGACGUCAUUUCACCCCGAUGACACCAUGGAUGAGGAGAUGCUGAUUCUAGAAGUCUAGAAGUAGAUUUCCUCCUCUGGAAGGACACAAUCUACUGCUUAUAUGUCUAUGUGUCUGUCUUUAGAGAGACAGCUCGAUAUCGUGUGAUUGAACGUGAGUUCUCGCAAUUCUGUCUGUAAUCCGCCACGAAAUUCGCCUCAUAAACAGAUCUGGUAGGAAUUGGCGUACAGCGAAUAUCGCCACCAUUCUGGAUCGGAGCCGUUCCGGAUGCGGUGGAAAUCCAGGGAAAGGCAGGCUCAGAGUCCGCUGAGGGGAUUAUUGAUCCCAUGUUGUCUAUGUCGGCCCCCCUCCCUCAUGGAAAACUGGGUUAUCUGGGUCCACUUGCUUGGACAACUGCUGUCAAACACUAAUUCCCUGAUUAGUGGAAAAACUGGAUGAACUGUUAGAAGGACCUCCGUAAAUCUAUAUAACUAUUCAUCAGCAGACUUAUGACAGACGUUUAAUCACCGUUAACAGAAACGACUUCAACAAUAAAAACUUAACAUGAUCGUAAAAAAAAAACAGUAAAAAAAAAAAGUCCUAAAAAUGAAUCUUUGCAUAAAUUUCUCCAGUUAUUUAUAAAUGAAUCAGGACCCGGUGUCGACCCCUGAGGUUCACCGAUUAAUAAAAUCAAUCCACUCUAACAGUCUGAGUCCGAUCACUCGGGUUCAGAGUUCAUGAGACUUUUUAGAGGAAACUUUAAUGAUGGUUUCCUUCGACUCGAUGUUAAAUUCACCGAUCAAGAGUCGGGCUGGUCGUCUAAAAAAGUCUGGAUCUGGAUCAGGAUCAGGAUCAGGAUCUGGAUGAUCAAAUGUCCUGUUCUUACGAACACGGACUCAGACCGCCUGCCUGAACCCUCUUUAACGUGUUUGGGGCGACACAGGUCUGAUCAUGUCAGUGGGGGUCCCACAUAAGGAGGCUGAUGUCUUCAAGUGGGCCGCCCAGGACCAUUUCCACCCUGAGGCGCCUCCUGGUCUGAUGGUCCACAGACCGCCAGUCCUCAGACCUUCAACCUCAAACCCUGAAACAGGUCUGAUUUAGAUCCACGACCCAGACCAACUGAAGUCCAGAGUUUUAUGGACACCUGUCCCCUCAGACAGACCCAGACAAACCUUCAUGUCCUAAGAUGUGCACACGCUGGCCGGUCUUAUCUGAGACCCCUCUGUCCUGGUCUUAUCUGAGACCCCUCUGUCCCCGUCUUAUCUAGGACCCCUCUGUCCUGGUCUUAUCUGAGACCCCUCUGUCCCCGUCUUAUCUAGGACCCCUCUGUCCCGGUCUUAUCUGAGACCCCUUCCUCCUGGUCUUAUCUGAGACCCCUCUGUCCUGGUCUUAUCUGAGACCCCUCUGUCCCGGUCUUAUCUGAGACCCCUCUGUCCCGGUCUUAUCUGAGACCCCUCUGUCCCGGUCUUAUCUGAGACCCCUCUGUCCCGGUCUUAUCUAGGACCCCUCUGUCCCGGUCUUAUCUAGGACCCCUCCGUCCUGGUCUUAUCUGAGACCCCUCUGUCCUGGUCUUAUCUGAGACCCCUCUGUCCUGGUCUUAUCUGAGACCCCUUCCUCCUGGUCUUAUCUGAGACCCCUCUGUCCCGGUCUUAUCUGAGACCCCUCUGUCCUGGUCUUAUCCGAGACCCCUCUGUCCUGGUCUUAUCUGAGACCCCUCUGUCCUGGUCUUAUCUGAGACCCCUCUGUCCUGGUCUUAUCUGAGACCCCUCUGUCCCGGUCUUAUCUGAGACCCCUCUGUCCUGGUCUUAGCUGAGACCCCUCUGUCCCGGUCUUAUCUGAGACCCCUCUGUCCUGGUCUUAUCUGAGACCCCUUCCUCCUGGUCUUAUCUGAGACCCCUCUGUCCUGGUCUUAUCUGAGACCCCUCUGUCCUGGUCUUAUCUGAGACCCCUCCGUCCUGGUCUUAUUUGAGACCCCUCUGUCCCGGUCUUAUCUGAGACCCCUCUGUCCUGGUCUUAUCUGAGACCCCUCUGUCCUGGUCUUAUAUGAGACCCCUCUGUCCCGGUCUUAUCUGAGACCCCUCUGUCCUGGUCUUAUCUGAGACCCCUCUGUCCCGGUCUUAUCUGAGACCCCUCUGUCCCGGUCUUAUCUGAGACCCCUCCGUCCUGGUCUUAUCUGAGACCCCUCUGUCCCGGUCUUAUCUGAGACCCCUCUGUCCCGGUCUUAUCUGAGACCCCUCUGUCCCGGUCUUAUCUGAGACCCCUUCCUCCUGGUCUUAUCUAGGACCCCUCUGUCCUGGUCUUAUCUGAGACCCCUCUGUCCCGGUCUUAUCUGAGACCCCUCCGUCCUGGUCUUAUCUGAACCCUUUCCUCCUGGUCUUAUCUGAGACCCCUCUGUCCUGGUCUUAUCUGAGACCCCUUCCUCCUGGUCUUAUCUAGGACCCCUCCGUCCCGUUCUUAUCUGAGACCCCUCUGUCCUGGUCUUAUCUAGGACCCCUCUGUCCUGGUCUUAUCUGAGACCCCUCUGUCCUUGUCUUAUCUGAGACCCCUCUGUCCUUGUGUUAUCUGAGACCCCUCUGUCCCGGUCUUAUUUCAGGGCCCCUCUGUCCUGGUCUUAUCUGAGACCCCUCUGUCCUUGUCUUAUCUGAGACCCCUCUGUCCUGGUCUUAUCUGAGACCCCUCCGUCCUGGUCUUAUCUGAGACCCCUCUGUCCUGGUCUUAUCUGAGACCCCUCUGUCCUGGUCUGUUCAGUGUUUGGAGGAGCGUCCUGCAGAGAUCGCUCGUCUGUUUACUUGUCGUCGUUUUACCGUCUGUCUGCGGUUGCAGGUGAGCUGAGCAGCGUUCCUGCUCCUCUGUGGAGAUUUCUUCAAUCUGGAAACAUUUCAGUCCUGAUAAAUACCGCUCGCUCUUCCAGGAUUACAAAAUCUGUCUGCCUUUGAAGUCUCAGGUAAGCGAGUGGAAAGUAUUUGUCUUCUCCUGCGUCCCGAGGCAGAGCUGGGGAUCUGGAAACUAUGUGCUGCGGUUUGUUAUUCCCCAGACUCCCUCUGGGAAGCCCAUCACUGUGUGUGUGUGUGUGUGUGUGUGUGUGUGUGUGUGUGUGUGUGUGUGUGUGUGUGUGUGUGUGUGUGUGUGUGUGUGUGUGUGUGUGUGUUUCUGUAGAGUUGUUUUUCUGCACGGCCUGAUGGUGACAUGAAUCUUUCAGGUGUUUGGCUGCUGAGCGCAGACAGACCAACACUGAUGGAGUUAUCUUUGUCUUCAGAAACCUCUGAGACUUUAACACCUGAGGAGUGAACAGCUGUGACCUGAUUGGUUGUUCCUCUAUAAGAAGAACCUUUGACCUCUUUAAGUAAUAAAAACUUAAACUAAAAAACAGACGAUAAAACAUCAGGUCUGAUUCUGGUGUCUCUGUAAAUAAACUCCUCUGACCUCCGUGUGUCGACCUCUGCGUGUUUGUUUGGUCAGGGAUGUUUUUGUGUCUGUCGGAGGUCAGACCCGUUGACCUGUGGUGACCUCUGGGGUCAAAUCUCCGGCGCUGCAUGUUUAGAGACAGAGGAGUGUGAGUGCAGCCUGUCGGCCUUCUUACCCGAGAUGUACGCCAUACGCCGAUUCCUAACAGAUCUGUCAGUGAGGUGAAUUUCACGGUGUGGAUUCACGUUCAAUCAACAAGUUGUCUCUAUAGACAGACACAUAGACAUAUAAGCAGUAGAUUGUGUCCUUCCAGAGGAGGAAAUCUACUUCUAGACUUCUAGAAUCAGCAUCUCCUCAUCCAUGGUGUCAUCGGGGUGAAAUGAUGUCUAAAAACCUUUCACUUGUUCGUCUCCGCCCGUUUGAAACACAGAGUGUUCUCCGAUCAGCUACGAUCGGAGGAUACGACCUUUUCGUAGACGAUCAGGAUGUGGUUGAAAUUGUUUGUUCCUGGGGUAAUUAUGUGUGUGUUUGUGUUUGUGUGUUUGUGUGUUUGUGUUUUUGUGUUUGUGUUUUUGUGUUUGUGUUUUUGUGUGUUUGUGUGUUUGUGUGUUUGUGUUUUUUUGUCUGUUUGUGUGUUUGUGUGUUUGUGUGUUUUUGUGUGUUUUUGUGUUUGUGUGUUUGUGUGUGUUUGUGUUUGUGUGUUUGUGUGUUUUUGUGUGUUUGUGUGUUUUUGUGUUUGUGUGUUUUUGUGUGUUUGUGUGUUUGUGUGUGUUUGUGUGUUUGUGUGUUUUUGUGUGUUUGUGUUUUUGUGUGUUUUUGUGUGUUUGUGUAUUUGUGUGUUUGUGUGUUUUUGUGUGUUUGUGUGUUUGUGUGUUUUUGUGUGUUUGGGUGUUUUUGUGUGUUUGUGUGUUUGUGUGUUUUUGUGUUUGUGUGUUUUUGUGUGUUUGUGUGUUUUUGUGUGUUUUUGUGUGUUUGUGUGUUUGUGUGUUUGUGUGUUUUUGUGUGUUUGUGUGUUUGUGUGUUUGUGUGUUUUGUGUGUGUUUGUGUGUUUGUGUGUGUUUGUGUGUUUGUGUGUUUUUGUGUUUUUGUGUGUUUGUGUGUUUGUGUGUUUUUGUGUGUUUGUGUGUGUUUGUGUGUUUGUGUGUUUUUGUGUGUUUGUGUGUUUUUGUGUGUGUUUUUGUGUGUUUGUGUGUUUGUGUGUUUGUGUGUGUUUUUGUGUUUGUUUUGUGUUUGUGUGUGUGUGUGUUUGUGUGUUUGUGUGUUUGUGUGUUUUUGUGUGUGUUUGUGUGUUUGUGUGUUUGUGUGUGUUUGUGUGUUUGUGUGUUUUUGUGUGUUUGUGUGUGUUUGUGUGUUUGUGUGUUUUUGUGUGUUUUUGUGUGUUCUUGUGUGUUUGUGUGUUUUUGUGUGUUUGUGUAUUUGUGUGUUUGUGUGUGUGUGUGUUUUUGUGUUUUUGUGUUUGUGUAUUUGUGUGUUUGUGUGUGUGUGUGUUUUUGUGUGUUUGUGUGUUUGUGUGUUUGUGUGUUUUUGUGUGUUUGUGUGUUUGUGUGUUUUUGUGUGUUUGUGUGUUUGUGUGUGUUUGUGUGUUUGUGUGUUUGUGUGUUUUUGUGUUUGUGUGUUUGUUUGUGUGUGUUUGUGUGUUUGUGUGUUUUUGUGUAUUUUUGUGUUUGUGUGUUUGUUUGUGUGUGUUUGUGUGUUUGUGUGUGUUUGUGUGUUUUUGUGUGUUUGUGUGUGUUUGUGUGUGUUUGUGUGUUUUCUUUCACACAUUAAACCUGCAGACUGUUAUCGAUCCUCUAACUCAGAACACGUGAUCUUGUCUCGCUCCGUCUUCAUCUUGUUUUGCUCCUCCACAGGCUCAAACCGCCGCGGGGCGUCACAGGAAAUCAGUGAUUAUUAGGUAACAAAGGGGUCAUUAGAGCGGCGGCGGCGGCAGGUACGGGGGUUUAACCGCCCUCAUGAUGGAGUGAUGUCAGAGGAUCAGAGGAUGUGGUUUGUCUGUGUGUGUUUGAUGUGGACGGAGGCGUGUUAGCAGAUUGAGGGUUAGCGCUCUACUACGGCAUCUCCUCUGGUCUGUGAGUCAGAGGUCUUCCCAGAACAGAGCUGCUGUCUGAGGCGCCACGCUGCUGCUGCUGCUGCUGCUGCUGUUUACGGCUGUGAGCGGAGAGACGCUGGGGGACAGACAAUCUGAGUCAAUAAAGGAGGACUCACAUGUCAGGGGACAGAGGUUCAGAUAUGGAGCUCAGAGAACAUCUAACCCUCUCCACCUGAACACCACGCUCUGACAAACCGCUCAUAAACCUCCAUGUGUUUCCUUCCAGGCUGCUGGUCGGAGCGCCCUUCGACUCCACGGGGAAGCAGCAGACCGGGGACGUGUACAGAUGUCCUCUGGACAGCAGGAAGUCCACAAACUGCUCCAGACUCCACCUGGGUGAGGAUGGGAUCUACAGCAUGUAGAUGUUCAUGAGAGUGUUUGAAGAUCAGGAGACCUCAGUGAAACCAGCAUCAGAUCUUAGAUCAGAGCAGAGACUGCGGUCAGGAUCCUCUCAGAGUAACAGGAGGGACAUCUACCCUCAGAGUGAACAGAUCUAUGUCUGACUGUCCUCUUCGUGUUCAGAUCUGAUAAAGUUAAAUAAUGACGUUGAUUUUCUCCCAUCAGGAGAACUUUCUCUGGACAACGUGUCGGAGAGGAAAGAGAAGAUGCGUCUGGGAAUGACGUUGACCUCCAACCCUAGAGACGGCAGCUUUGUGGUGAGUCUGACCCCAGAAUCAGUCCAACAGUCUGGUCCUCAGGUGGGUCUGUUCAGGUCUGUGGUGGUCUUGAGUCCAUCCUUGUCCCUGUUGUGUGUCCUCAGACCUGCGGUCCUCUCUGGUCUCAUGAGUGUGGAAGUUCUCUGUACAGCACCGGGAUCUGCUCCAGAGUCAGCAAGAACUUCAGACGGUCCCACACCAUCGCUCCAGCCCUGAAGAGUAACACAUUCACUCUGUCACCUACUCAUUCAUUCAUCACUCUGUCUGUCUCUGCAUGUUUCUGUUUGUCCUCCAUUAAACUCAAGAUCUUCAUCCAUUCACUGAAAAAUUCAUGUUUUCAUUAAUGAAUUCACCAGAAGUGGAGAAAUUGACUCAUUCUUUUAACGACGCCAUCCUUCAGACAUCCUUCCUCUAUUUAUCCAUCCAACCAUCUUUCUAUCCAACCAUCUUUGCAUUCAUUCAUUCAUUUUCCAUCCAUUUAUCCCUCAUCAAUUCCCCCAUGCAUCCAUCAAUCAUCUAUCUAUUCAUCAUCCAUCCAUCUUUGCAUUCAUUCAUCCAUCCAUCAUCCAUCAAUCCAUCUUUGCAUUCAUUCAUUCAUUUUCCAUCCAUUUAUCCCUCAUCAAUUCACCCAUGCAUCCAUCAAUCAUCUAUCUAUUCAUCAUCCAUUCAUCUUUGCAUUCAUUCAUUCUCCAUCCAUGCAUCCAUCCAUCAUCCAACCAUCUUUCCAUCCAUCCAUCUUUGCAUUCAUUCAUCCAUCAUCCAUCAAUCCAUGCAUGCAUCCAUUUAUACUUCAUCCAUCCAUCCAUCUAUCCAUAAUCCAUCCAUCUUCACAUUCAUUCAUCCAUCCAUAAUCCAUCCAUCCAUCCAGUCAUUGAUUUACCAUCCAUCUUUGCAUUCAUUCAUCCAUCCAUCCAUGCAUCCAUCUAUUCUUCAUCCAUCAUCUAUCCAUUCAUCCAUCCAUUCUCCAUCUAUCCAUCCUUCCAUUUUCCAUUCAUCUAUUCAUCUUUGCAUUCAUUCAUCCAUCCAUCAUCCCUUUCAGUGUUAUUCAUUCAUUCAUCCAUCUGUUAUCUACCCAUCUUUGCUUCCAUCCAUCCAUCCAUUCUCCAUUCAUCCAUCCAUCUUUGCAUAUAUUCAUCCAUCCAUUGCUCCAAUUAUCCAUCCAUCAAACCAUCUUUCAUUCAUCCAUCCAUAAUCCACUCAUCUUUGCUUCCAUCUAUUCAUCCUUCCAUCCAUCCAUCCAUCCAUUCAUCCAUCCAUUCAUCCAUCCAUUGCUCCAAUUAUUCAUCCAUCCAUCCAUUUUUGCAUUCAUUCAUCCAUCAUCCAUCAAUCCAUGCAUGCAUCCAUUUAUUCUUCAUCCAUCCAUCCAUCCAUCUAUCCAUAAUUCAUCCAUCUUCACAUUCAUUCAUCCAUCCAUAAUCCAUCCAUCCAUCCAGUCAUUGAUUUACCAUCCAUUUUUGCAUUCAUUCAUCCAUCAUCCAUCAAUCCAUGCAUGCAUCCAUUUAUUCUUCAUCCAUCCAUCCAUCCAUCUAUCCAUAAUCCAUCCAUCUUUGCAUUCAUUCAUCCAUCCAUCCAUCCAUCUAUUCUUCAUCCAUCAUCUAUCCAUUCAUCCAUCCAUUCUCCAUCUAUCCAUCCUUCCACUUUCCAUUCAUCCAUCCAUCUUUGCUUUCAUCCAUCCAUCCAUCCAUCCCUCUCCCAGUGUUCUUCAUUCAUUCAUUCACCUGUUCAUCCCUCCAUCUCUAACCCUCUUCUCCUGGAUUUCUGUGGUGUUGCAGGAUGUGAGACCUUCAUGGACAUUGUGAUCGUUCUGGAUGGUUCUAACUCCAUCUACCCCUGGUACGAGGUCCAGGACUUCCUCAUCAACAUCCUUCAGAAGUUCUACAUCGGCCCAGGUCAGACCCAGGUCGGUUCAGCUCUCAGAACAUCUGUUAGUUUUCAGAGUCUGAGGAUCUUCAGUCCUGAUCUUCUCACUCGUCUGUUUAUUGUUGGAAAUUCUCUGAAUUCUUUGGCUCGUUGCUGAAAACUGUGAAGAUAUCUGCUCUCACCUCAGACCUUCUCUGGUUUCUGUUGGUUCUGGAUCAGGUUUGUGGUCAGUGGAGUUAUCUCUCCCCUCUCAGCAGGACCACGGUCGUCUUCUUCUGUCGUUUCUCUCCAUUUACAGCAGCUGACCUCUUGACCUUAUAAAGCCUUCACCCUGAGUGUCACGUCCCCGUUAGCGUUUAUGGUCAGGAGCAGGUCACAUGACCCAUGAUUGACAGUUUGAGGUGUUUAGAAAAAGGAAACGCCGGGUCUUUACGAGUUCACGCUCCAGAUUUCUGAGCUGGAAAAACGCGUCUCUGUUUCUGGGAACGUUGACACCAGCGUCAGAAACGGCUCAGAGAGCGUGCAGACGUCCAUCGCUGAGAUGAUGUGUGUCAGUCCACGGCGAAUCAUCUCACUGAGCACGCCGUCACGGAGAGUCUGCAGCCGGUCAGACCAACGAGAGGACAAUAAAAGUUUACUCCAAAAAUAUCUGAUCUGAUCCACUUCAGAGCUUCAGUGAACUCAGCCAAACUCUGCGUGUGCACGUCUGCUCCAAUCAGAGCUUCUCUUACUGAACUUUAAGAUGAAAUAGAAUCAGGAGAACUUUAUUGAUCCCUGAGGAGAAAUUCGAUCAUCUUCCCGAUCCAUCCACGACCGUCUGCCUCUCAAGAAUCCAAAAGUUAAUUUUCCAGAAUCCAAACGGAGGAGGCCGAGGAUCGGUCUGUGGGCUCUUGGCUUUGAAACUUGUGGGAUUCUGGUCAAGUCCUGGUCCAGACGCUGGUCCAGACGGUGGCCGUUACCAUAUCAGAGUUUCACCCCGAGAUAAUCCUCCUCAAAAUAAAAACAUCAAAUAUUCACCAAACCAGGAGAAAACCUCCUCGUCUUUCCUCCUGAUCCGUCGUUCAUGUCAUCAUCCGUUUCUCAUCCAUCCAUCCAGGUGGGUGUAAUCCAGUACGGCACCACGGUGGUCCACGAGUUCAGUCUAGGAGAGUACCAGACGGUGGAGGAGGUGGUGGAGGCCGCCAGGAGCAUCGAUCAGCGCGGCGGGGAGGAGACAAGGACGGCUCUGGGUAUCAACGUGGCGAGGUAAGACCUGAGAGACGCGUUCAGACCAGCAGGGGGUCCGUCUGAGUCAGCCGAGCUCGGUCUGAUCAUGAUAGUGAUAAUCAAUAAUCGUUAUUAUUGAUUACAGGUCUGAAGCCUUCAAACGUGGAGGUCGACCCGGAGCUCAGAAGGUGAUGAUCGUGAUCACAGACGGAGAGUCACAUGACAGUCCGCAGCUGUUAGAGGCCGUAGGUGACAGCGAGAAGGACAACAUCACCAUGUACGCCAUCGCUGUGAGUCUGCCCAUCCUCACCUUUGACCCCCGACCUGACUCUAACCUCCGUCUGAACCCGCCUCGUAAAUCUAAAGUCUUGAGCCAUCACCUCUUCGUUUCCUUGUAUCCUUACUUCCUUACCUCUUCAUUUGCUUUCAAUGUCUCCUCUUCGUUUCCUUGUAUCCUGAAUUAUUUCCCUGUAUGUGUCCUUGUAUCCUUACUUCUCCUCUAUGUGUCCUUGUAUCCUUACUUCUCCUCUAUGUGUCCUUGUAUCCUUACUUCUCCUCUAUGUGUCCUUGUAUCCUUACUUCUCCUCUAUGUGUCCUUGCAUCUUAACUUCUUUUCUUCUUCGUUUCCUUGUAUCCUUACUUCUCCUCUAUGUGUCCUUGUAUCCUUACUUCUCCUCUAUGUGUCCUUGUAUCCUUACUUCUUCUCCUCUUUGUGUCCUUGCAUCUUUACUUCUUUUCUUCUUCGUUUCCUUGUAUCCUUACCUCUUUUCCUCUUCCUGUCCUUGUAUCCUAACCUAUUUUCCUCUUUGUGUCCUCAUCUUCUUACCUCUUGUCCUCUUCGUUUCCUUGUCUCCUUCCUUCUUUUCCUCUAUGUGCCCUUGUAUCCCUCCUUCUUUUGCUCUUUGUGUCCUUGUAUCCCUUUCAUAGUGUCCUUGUUUCCUUACUUCUUUCCCUUUCAUAGUGUCCUUGUUUCCUUGCCUUGUCUCCUCCUACUCUAACCCGAUGUUUCCUCCGUGUCUCGCUCAGGUGUUAGGUUACUAUAACCGCCGAGGAAUCAACCCCGAAGCCUUCCUGAAGGAGAUCAAGUUCAUCGCCAGCGACCCGGACGAGAAGCACUUCUUCAACGUGACGGACGAGUCGGCGCUCAAAGACAUCGUGGACGCUCUGGGAGAACGGAUUUUCUCUCUGGAAGGUCGGACGUUCGUUUUUAAUUCAUUUUAUUUAUCAUUUCUUAAAUUUCAUUUUAUGUGUCUUUGUUUUUAGAUUUUAAACCUCCGGUGUUUUCUUAUCCUGAGUUUUAAAAUGACGUUUCCAUGAAAUCGAGCUUUUUUUACGUUCAUGCAUGUUAAUCCUGUUUCUGUGGCGUUAAGAUGGUGGGGUGGGAAUGAGGGGUCGGGGUAGAUUUGGAUAUUCUUGGUUUCUUUUAUUUCCUUCUUCUGUGUGAAACACUUUGUGCUCCAUUGUUGAUUGUUUGAUCUAACCUCUAAUUUUCUCUGAUCCACCUGCUGAACCCCCGACAGUUCAUCCUUUCAGACGGAGACGCUGGAGUCUGAAUUUCUGUGUGUCUGUUUUCCAGGAACCAGCAGUCAGGGUCGAGGCUUCGGUCUGCAGAUGGCUCAGGCUGGUUUCUCCUCUCAUUUAGUCAGAGUGAGUCUCUGAUUUUAACUUUUAUCUCUUUAAACUGGGAUUCAAAGAUUCAGUCUAGUUCAUGACGUGUUAUAAUGAUAAAUAAAACCCUCAGACUCCUCUGUUUGUGGUUCCUCUCGGUGGUUUUUGGGUCAUCCGGUGCAGAAAGUCUGAAAAUCUGAUUUCACUUUAAAUAAAUAAAACCAAAACAAACCGGAGAAUCGGCUCCGCUGGCCGGACUCUUAAAGGGAUUAUUUGGCGUUUUUAUCCAGAAUCGACCCGCUCCAGAUGAAAAUACUCAUAAUUUCUGCUUCUUUUUGGAAACAAUGAUAUUUUCCACCAAUUUCUCCAGUAAGUGAGACCAGCAGCAGACAAAAGCUCUUUUUUUUUAACUCUGAUGAUUUCCAGUCCAACAGAAACAAAGUCCACAUCAGACGAAACUCUCUGACGCUGGUGUCGAUAUCGUCCUCAGCGCUGCUCCGACUUUUUUAAUCCUGACAGAUUCCUGAAGCUGCAGAAGCUUCUGGAAAUAUUUCUGUUGUUUUUCAUCCAGAGAAAAAUCUCAUCAGCCGGAGUGAGGGAGUGAAAAUGUUGUCGUGGAAACUCUGUAUGUGUAACUCAGAGCAGAUGGUUUUCCUGAACGCCGAGCUGCCAAGAAAACACUCUCACACACACACACACACACACACACACACACACACACACACGCGCCGUCACCUCCACAGACAAAUAUGUAAAGUGUUUCCUGCUCCUCAGGUUUAAAAGGUAAAAAUAUGAAAUCAGGUCUGAUGUGGAAAACAGACGGUCAGAGUACGAUCUGAGCGCGCUCCCUCCUCCUCCUCCUCCUCCUCCUCCUCCUGGAUCGAUAUCUGACUGUGAGCCUGCAGGUCCAGAAGGCGUUUGUGACGCUCCUGCCGCCAAAGAUUUGGUCAUUCAGUGUGUCCCGGGACUUACUGUCCUCCAGAGACCGUGACUCAGAGCUUUAGUAACCUUUAUAUCACUGCCAGAGUUCAUGAGUGUCUCACAUGUGUUUUAACGGAGUCUGAUGACGGUUCAGAAGCUGCUGCAGGCCCAACUUUAUUUCUCAAACAAACGACAAAAACAAGCUUCACCUUUCCUGUCCUCCGUGAUCCUCGGUGACGGGAUAACCGAUGACAGUAAACCGAGGACUGAAACUGAGACGCAGGACAAGAUUCCCACAGAAAAGACCGUCUCUUCAACUUUAACUCAAAGAUUUUUUUUUACUUUAUUGGAGAAACAGCCGAGGAGAGAGAGAGAGAGGGAGAGAGAGAGAGAGAGAGAGAGAGAGAGAGAGAGAGAGAGAGAGAGAGAGAGAGAGAGAGAGAGAGAGAGAGAGAGAGAGAGAGAGAGAGAGAGAGAGUGAGAGAGAGAGAGAGUGAGAGAGAGAGGGAGAGGGAGAGAGAGAGAGAGAGAGAGAGAGAGAAAGAGGGAGAGAGAGAGAGAGAGAGAGAGAGAGAGAGAGAGAGAGAGAGAGAGAGAGAGAGAGAGAGAGAGAGAGAGAGAGAGAGAGAGAGAGAGAGAGAGAGAGAGAGAGAGAGAGAGAGAGAGAGAGAGAGAGAGAGAGGGAGAGAGAGAGAGAGAGAGAGAGAGAGAGAGAGAGAGAGAGAGAGAGAGAGAGAGAGAGAGAGAGAGAGAGAGAGAGAGAGAGAGAGAGAGAGAGAGAGAGAGAGAGAGAGAGAGAGAGAGAGAGAGAGAGAGAGAGAGAGAGAGAGAGAGAGAGAGAGAGAGAGAGAGAGAGAGAGAGAGAGAGAGAGAGAGAGAGAGAGAGAGAGAGAGAGAGGAGAGGAGAGAGGAGAGAGAGAGAGAGAGAGAGAGAGAGAGAGAGAGAGAGAGAGGAGAGGGAGGGAGAGGGAGAGAGAGAGAGAGAGAGAGAGAGAGAGAGAGAGAGAGAGAGAGAGAGAGAGAGAGAGAGAGAGAGAGAGAGAGAGAGGGAGAGAGAGAGAGAGAGAGAGAGAGAGAGAGAGAGAGAGAGAGAGAGAGAGAGAGAGAGAGAGAGAGAGAGAGAGAGAGAGAGAGAGAGAGAGAGAGAGAGAGAGAGAGAGAGAGAGAGAGAGAGAGAGAGAGAGAGAGAGAGAGAGAGAGAGAGAGAGGGAGAGAGAGAGAGAGAGAGACACAGAGAGACAGAGAGAGAGAGAGGUGGACAUGCAUUAAGGGGGCGAGUCCUGGAGUCGUAGCUGCAGACGAUGAACCAGGAACUGUGUUCUCCGUAUAAAAACCACUUUAGAGAGCAGAUCAGUCCUCUGUGGGUUUAAGUUUUGAAGGUGGAACCAAAAAGAGACUCUGGGUUGGAGACCUGAGGGGUUCCUUUGUUGGUGCAGCAGGGUUGUAGUCAAGUCACCAAACCUCGAGACCGGGUCAAGUGUCAAAUCCUCAGUGAUCAAGUCCGAGUCUGAGUCACUGAGAAGAGUCGAGUCUUUGUUGUAGAUACUGUCUGCUGGAUUUUCUCCAAAUCCAGAUUUUUCGACCUGAAGAGGUGACCCAUGAUUGAAAACCCUGAAAACACUGAAGCUCUGAGUUUCAGUUACGAUCAGCUACGAUCGGAGGAUACGACCUUUUAGGAGACGAUCAGGAUGAAGGUGGAGAUUGAAGGUGACUGUUCCUCAAACUCACCUGACCCCCCCUCAGCUAACAGAGUAUAACCACGCCGAACUUCUUCUGACCCCACAAUCAGCUCAGUCCCUCAGAAGUCUGUUGGUGUCGGUGUCAGACGGGGCAGUGGACCGUUUGUAGGAGUUCUCUGAUGGUACGUGUCGUAUCACAACAAUAAUCCUCUGGUUUUGUUUGUGGUAUCUCUCUCUCUCUCUCUCUCUCUCUCUGCAGGAUGGCGUUCUGCUCGGCGCCGUGGGCGCCUAUGACUGGAACGGUGCUGUGCUGAAAGAGACCAAACAUGGGAAGGUGGUUCCUCCGAAAUCAUCCUACAAAGACGAGUUUCCAGAGGAGCUGAAGAACCACGCAGCCUACCUGGGUAAUCAUGAACAACAAACAGAUGUUUCCUUCUGGUUCCUCCUCUAUCAGGAGGUUCUUCAGAGUUUUAGGUCAGCUGUGUUGAACCCGGACUUUGGUCUCUGGGCUGUUAUCAGGAUCAGAAACAGAGUGAGUAGAUGUCUCUCUCUCUGUCUCAGGAUACUCUGUGGGUUCACUCAUCUCCUCUCGUGGCGCUCAGCUCUACGUCUCCGGAGCUCCGAGAUUCAACCACACCGGGAAGGUCAUCCUCUUCACCCUGAAAAACAGCGGGAACCUGAACAUCCUGAAGGCACUGCUGGGGGAGCAGGUGACACACGCAUAGACACGUGUAGAUAGAUCAGCAGGUGACACACGCAUAGACACGUGUAGAUAGAUCAGCUUUUCAUGUGUUCAUAAAGAUGUGAUGAAACAGUGACUCCAUGAGGAACUUUUGGUCCAAAAUCAUCUACAUGUAAGAAGUUAGAUCUGCAGAUGUUCUCUAGUCUGGACUUGAUCUUCUGACCUGCCUGAACUAGCAUCACGUUCAGUUUCUUUAUCUGAAACCAGAACCAGGAUCCUCUCCAACACUCAGAACCUACUGGACCUGUUUCUGUUCCGUGUUCUUCUUCAGAUCGGCUCGUAUUUCGGCAGUGAGUUAUUAUCGAUGGACGUGGAUGAAGAUGGACUGACAGACGUCCUCCUGGUGGCAGCACCCAUGUAUUACAGCCAGGGCUGGGAGAGAGGGAGGGUUUACAUCUACACUGUGACUCCGCAGGUACACACAAACACACAAACACACAAAACACACAAACACACACAGACGGAGGAAGUUCUUAAACGGGAACAUCUCUGACCAAUCUCUCCGCAGACUUCCCUCGUCCUGCAGGGGGUGCUGGAGGUUUCCGACCGCUCUCAGAACUCCAGGCUGGGUUCAGCUCUGGCCCAGAUACCUGACAUGAACGGGGACGGGUUCAGAGAGCUGGUGGUGGGAGCGCCGCUGGAGGAUGACCACCAGGGGGCGGUUUAUGUUUUCCACGGCCAGAACAAAAGUAUCCAGCGGCAGUACAGACAGGUGAGCUCUUACAUGAUCAUACCACGAUCAGGUACGAGGGUCAUGUGACGUCACACAUUCACACGCCUCAGAAUGACCUCACCUCUGUCAAUAACGGAGGUCACUCCAGGUCGCUCACGUUUCUCUCCGUCUCUCCAGCGUCUGUCUGCGGCCGGUUUCUCGGCUGGUCUGCAGUACUUCGGUCAGAGUCUUCACGGCGUUUUGGACGUUAACGGAGAUGGACUGGUUGACCUUGCAGUGGGAGCGCUGGGAGCUGCCGUCAUCAUCUGGUCAGGCGCACACACACAGACAGACACACACCAUCUGUCCUCUUAUAGAUCAGGUUUAUCUUCUCCAUGAUGUGAAAAGUCAAAGUCGUCCCUGAUUGUGAGAUAUGUCCUCCCUUCAGGUCUCGUGGUGUGGUACGGAUCCAGGCUAAGCUGACCUUUGAACCCGAGAAGGUCAACAUCUUCAACAAAGACUGUCAGCGAGGAGGGAAGGAGGUCACCUGCAUGUCUGUCAUUGUGUGUCUACAUUUGGACUCCAUGACCAAGACCAAGACCAAGACCAGGGCGGAUGUUGGUAGGUGGGAAACGGACGGACGGAUUUCUUCAUUUUCAGGACUCUGUCGUCAGAAUCUGGUUUGGGAUCUUAUGAAGGUCCUUUGUCUGGAUGGACGCAGAUGUUCCUCCUAAACCUGGAGAUGUUGUUUAAGACUGAGGAUGCAGCAUCUAUGAUUUCCAGUUCUUUGAUCCAUCAGACCUGAGGACAGUGUCCCCCUCAGGUCCAGAGAAGUCUCUGGUGGUAAACCGGCGAUGUCUUUCAAAAGUAACAGAAUCAUUUCCAAUACCGUCACAGCGCCGGCGCUUUGUCUUGUUUGCCCGAAGUAUUAUUACUGUAACUCUGUCAAAGUUUGUCCGAUCAGAAAAAUGUCAACGUUGUUUGAAAGCUGAGAGUUGUGUUCACGCACCUUUAUAGGAUUUUCAACGGUGGUCGUAACCAUAUGAGGUAGGGAGUCAUUACAAAACACAGGAUGUAGCCGCAGAACGCUACACAGCUUCUCGAUACCGUAACUCCUUGAAAAUUUGCUCAAUCUGAAAAAUUCCAAGACUGACAGACAGCUGAGUAUCUGAGCUUUUAUGGUAUGGUAUAUAUUACGGUAAUCUUGAACGGUACCACAAAACUGCAAAGUAGUGUACUUUUUUUUAGAAAUACACUAAUAAAUAUUAGUAAAGAGUAGCAAUAAAAAGGCGACCACGAGAGAUGGAAACACUUCUAACCUAAGGACACAUCUCUGAAUCAGUCACCCGCUCACUGCUGUGAGGACGCAUUUGUCCCCGAGAUCACUCAGUGCACUGAUACCGACGCAGGACCAACAACCAAGUCCACCGCCACUUAAACACAGCCGACAGUAAAGGGGGUCUUACAUUGUUGGCAAACCUGAACUGAUGCAGCGACAAAAUACUCGGCGAAGGAAACGGUCUCUUUACAAGAAGCAUUCUGCGCAAAAACAGUCCUGGAUGGUCGGGUUGAUUUAAUCAAUCAUCAAAGUUGUUAAUAUUGUUCACAUCGUGUUGUUAUUGUUUCAUUAUUAGUGUUCAGUAUUCAGUUUCUGAACGGUGUAGGCCCAAGCCAACAGUUUGGUGACGCUGUCUCAGCCUUAAGUCAUCAUUUUUAAUCAGUCGUGGUAAAAUAUGGAGACGGUAUCAAAAUGAGGAUACCGCCCAACCUUUGUUCACAGUCGAUGGUUUUUUAAGUGAUUCUGAGUCCAUGCUGUGAUCUCCACUCCAGAGUCUUGUCUGUUUUUGAUGCCCUGAAGAUCCAGUCCUGGUUUUUGGUCCAAAAGUUUGAGGUUAAAAAUGUUGUAAUGGUCCUUUAAACUUGUGGCUGCUCAGUAGCAGGUUGCAGUCCCUCCUGCUGGUUUAUUGGUGUGAAAAUGGACGCAGAACUCCAUCUGGAGGUUUGAUUGACAGCUGUUUGCUCGUCCAGCUGUGUGUACGUUUGUGAGGACAGUAUGAGAGUCAUCCAGAUGUUUGAUUUCUGAUGGUUCUGUGCGUGGAAAGUCUCCUCCUGGUCUGGUCCUCCUCUCUGAAGCUGUUGUCGUGUCUCUCUAAUCGGCUGCAGAUGUUCGGGCCGGCUGCAUGGAAACCUCGCUAACAUGCUCGCUCUCUCUCUCUCUCUCUCUCUUAAAACUGUGUCACUCCUUCGCUCUCCAUCACUUCAUACUUUCAGACCUCCUCCUCCUCCUCCUCCUCCUCCUUCUCCUCCUCUCUUCCAUCAUCUGGAGUGAAUUAGACACAAUCACACGUACGUAGAGAGAGCUUGUAUACACACGCCAACACGCCACAUGGUAUCAAACAAACACGCUUCAGUGGAUGAUGGUGGACAGGAGCCAUGGCUGAGGAUCCUGACUUCCUGUUCAGAGUCAGGAAGUGCAGACGUGGCGUUUGUAACAUGCUCUGUGAAGAUUUGACCUCAAGAUGAUCCAGACCUGACUCUCUGUUGUAUCUACAAAGUCCAACAUCAGGACAGAUUAACCCCAAAUUUCCACCACUGCGGAACGGCAGAAAUCUUCGCUGUAUGACCAUUUCAACCGGAUACGUUUGUGAGGCGAAUUUCGGACAGCAGGAAUCGCAAGAACUCACAAGAACCUGCAAAUUCACAUACAAUCCUGCGAUAACGAGUUAAUGAGUUGUCUCUAUAAGGACAGACACAUAACUGUAUAAGGAGUAGACUGUGUCCAUUCAGAGUUUUGACACAUUAACUUGAAUGGAAAGUUUGGAAUCUAACGUGAAUAAACAUCGGGUCAUCCUUGGAGAAAGCUCCGCCAGGAUUUGGUCGUGAAAACAGACGCAGAGACAGCAGAGUUUUAGUUGAACAGGUCAUUUUUAUCUCCUUUUAUCUCAUGUUACAUAAAUAACUCUGUUUAGUCUCUGACAUGUCAACACGGUAGCUGUCCAGGCAGCUGCAGAUGGCGCUCGCUAGCAGAGCUGGCGUUUACUGCCGCUAGUCACUAACAAUCCGACAUGGUGAAUCCUGUUUGGAUCUAGCGUAGGAUCUUCUGGCGGCCGGUUUCUUGCUUUUCCAGAGGGGGUGUGUCGUAGGGAGGGCGAUACAGGUCCAGGGGGCAAGUUAUCGUGGGCGGGACGCUUUUUUCAACCGUCGACCAGGACUUUAAUUUGAAUCGAAACGAUCAGCGCCAAUGACCUUUUUGCUGUCGUUGGCAGUGGAAAUUUGGGGUAAGUCCCAUCUGGUAGAAUCAGACCCACUUUUAUUCCACCUUCACCCUGACUGAGCCGGGUUUAGAGAGGAGAGAGAGGGAUGUAAAGAGAAAGGUGAACCACAAGGAUCCACAUCAGGACCUCUGUCAUUUAUUAUUCAUGUCAUUAAAUUUUCAUUCGUUUGUAAAUUCAAUUUGCCGAUGAUACCCGCUGACUUAAACACUGAUGAAUAAAUACAGCUUAAAUAAACACUGAUAGUAUUUGUGAGGCAGGAAUGGAUUGUGCUCAAGUGUACGCCAAAACGCUUGGCGCUUGUUGGACAGAUGAGUUGUAUUAGAAGCUGCCUGAUCCAGAGAAACCUACGAGACAAAAGAGCUGAAGGACUCAUCAUGAACAAAACAAGUUUUCUAACAUCACCGUGAAAAGUUUAAUUUUGACGGUUUUGUUUGAAGCCAUCACCGUCUGUUUCACUGUGUUAGCUAAAAGAAUCCACUGAAAACCUCCGUGUUCAUAUCGACCACGUAGACCUGAAGACCUCGAAGAUCAGAGAUAUUCUGUAGAGAAAGAGAGGAACCAGGGUGACCCGGUUACACAAUCCUGUCAGAUCAGAACAUUCACAAACAACAGUGAAUGGAAACUCUUAGUGAUUCAUGUUUACUCGGCCAAGAUCUCAGAAACUGGAAACUAAACAAGUCGUAGUCUCGCUGACGAGCCGUCCAGGUGACCUCACUUUGUUUCAUUCCACCUGGAAGACCCGUAAAGUUCUUUACAGCCUCAUUGUGCUGGAUGAGACCGCUCUGUUCUUCUCUCUCCCCCUCUCGGUCCCAGCCGUGUGGUUCAGUCUGGUCCUGGAUGAGAGGCGUUUUCCUCCUCGAGCUGUUCUGGACGAAUCAGCGAGGCAGCAGCCCAGGACUCUGUCUCUGCAGGCCGGAGGUCAGCGCUGCCAACGUCUGGGCUUCUCCAUCCAGGUCAGAAAACACCCCCAAACCACGAAACUGAGACGGGCGUUCUCCCUCAACUUAGACCUGUGUUUUCUCUGCAGCUCUUAGUCAUUCAGGGUGUUUUGUUGUAUUUGGGUCGGUGUUUCUAAGAUAUGAGUCGAGGUCAUCUUCUUACAGGUACACGUGAAAAAAAAAAAAACAGUAAAAUGUUUGGACUGGUGACGGAGUUCGAUUUCGCCCCGGUCUCUAAAAUUACUCGAAACUAAAACGUCGCUGCUCUGUGUUUUUUUCUCAAGGAGACACCAGAUUAUGGACGUCCCAUCACUGUCGCCCUGGAAACGGGUUUGCAGAACCUAGACGAGGGUCCUGUGUUGGAUCCUGAUUGGCCGACCGUCCUCAGGGCUGAGGUGAGAGUUUAUUUGGGUCUAUCUGUCGUUUUUGAGACCUUCAGACUAAUCUGGAACUCUAACCUGAUCAGACGUGGUUAAAGUGACAUCAGAGUAAACAAACAUGGCCGACGACAGAGCUGUCUGACUUUACGUUUGAAGCUGCUCGGCUAACCACCAGCAACACAAGACGAAACACAAUAAAAAAAACCAUAAAGCUGGUCAGAUACAGAAUGUCCUCCGUUCAGAUAAAGAUACUGGUACAACACUAGACCAGAUACUGAAGCAGGCUGAGCAACACAACAGAGUAGGAAGAUAAGGUUCUGUCCUCACAUACAGGUCGAGAUAAGAUCAAUAAAUACAGCCUAAAAUAAUUCAGUUAUGUGUGGGAGUUACAGGUGGAGUAGACAGGAGUCUGUUAAAGAAGCAUCUUGUUUUGGUGUAUUUACAAAAAAUCUUCUAAUAUCAGUCAAUAGUUAUUAGUUAUUGAUUAUUUGGUAAUAUAUCGAUAUCUCUGUGUUCUCUUAUGUCUGUGUCGUCAACAUUUGAACAUUUUUGAGCGGUCCGCUCUUUCUGACUGUAAACAAAGCCGUUCUCCACCUCCUCUAACCUGAUUGGUUGUGAGGCAGACGCCGCUCCCCCGUGUCGUUCAGGAGCCCAAACAAAGUUAGCGUGCUACAAUAUCGGACAGUAGAAACCAACCAGAAAGUUCGGAAAAUUGUCUGAAUCCUCCUUUGGCCGCGACUGCCGACACAAGCAAGAAAAGACUCAAACAUAAACAGUCAGCAAGAAAACAGUCAGCAAGAAAACAGUCAGCAAGAAAACAGUCAACAAGAAAACAGUCAACAAGAAAACAGUCUGCAAGAAAACAGUCAACAAGAAAACAGUCAACCAUAAACAGUCAACAAGAAAACAGUCAGCAAAAAACAGUCAGCAAGAAAACAGUCAACCAUAAACAGUCAACAGGAAAACAGUCAGCAAAAAACAGUCAACAAGAAAACAGUCAACCAUAAACAGUCAGCAAGAAAACAGUCAGCAAAAAACAGUCAACAAGAAAACAGUCAACAAGAAAACAGUCAACAAAAAAACAGUCAGCAAGAAAACAGUCAGCAAGAAAAUGCUGCUCCCCCGUGUCGUUCAGGAGCCCAAACAAAGUUAGCGUACUACAAUAUCGGACAGUAGAAACCAACCAGAAAGUUCGGAAAAUUGUCUGAAUCCUCCUUUGGCCACGACUGCCGACACAAGCAAGAAAACAAAGUAAAUACCGGAGACUCUGGAGGAAUAACGGGCGCUUAAAACGGAGGUAGACCGGACAAGAGCUAAAAAGCCGGGUCAACAUAAACGAUGGGGGACGCUUGGGGAUCUUGGUGACCCUGUAACCUUUCUGCUGGACAGGUAAACCGCUUUAACAAAGUAAGACAAGUGUCUGUAACAGAAGUGUUUCUUGUCAAACGGACCUGCUGUAGCGUGUUGUAGCGCCAUCGCUAAACUGUCCUCCCUCGGGUCCUGGACUAUGUCACUUUAUCCUCGUUGUAGAAGUCCUGCAAACAUUGUGUUUGCUGGUAGUCUGUUGGCAUCUACAGUAGCACCAAUGCUUUUGACUUUCACCUUGACUGGGCUCCAUUUGUAAUGAUCUGAAGUAUUUAUCUGCAUUAUAUCUGAAUUUAACUGGAACGAUACGAGCGAGCAGGAGUGUCUGUUUGUGGGCGGGGCUUAAGAGAGGGAGAGGAGGAGCUGAGGGGAAAACUGGUUUGGAGGGUUAGAGUUUACAUUCAAGAUUUCUCCUAAAAACUGGAACUAACUCAGAUCCUGACUACAACACCUUUAAUCCAGCUCUGGGAACAGUCUCUAGUGGACACUUGAGGAACUGCAGUUUUGGGGUUUUGUUUUUUGCCUUUAUUUCGUAUAAACUCAUUUCAUAUUAGCGUCCUGCUUUGACUGAAUGUGCUGCCGUAUUGAAUUUGUCUGAUGGAUGAAAUCUCCGCGUCUGUCGCCGUAGCUUCCUUUCUGGAACGGCUGUGAGCAGGAGGAAACCUGCGUACCCGACCUCAUCCUGCACAGUCACGCUGACCUCAUGGACGUUCAGUGAGUAUCAGGUCUCUAUAAACACAGAUGACACCGGGAUGUUGGUUCAUGAAGCAGGUCUCGGUCUCUGUUGUGUCUGAAGGCAGUUCUGCAGCUCCAGAGAGAGAGCCACCUGGUCCCUCUGCAGCCGUGAGGGGGCGCUAGAGAACUCGGCGUACGUGGUGGAGAACGGGCGGAGGAGGGUGAUGGUGUUUGCUCGAUUAGAGAAUCAGGGAGAAAACGCUUAUGGAGCAUCCAUCCACAUCUCCACCUCCUCCAACCUCCUCUUCUCCAGCCUCAUCGUCAAGGUGCGUCACCAACCUUCAUUAAACCACAAACGUUUAAAGUUAAACGCCGUUUUUCCUCAACUGCAAAGAUCACAAAGAGCGAGGAUUCGUGUCAGAUCUGAGGUGGAGGAUCACUUUAUGUUUGACCUUCCCUGACAGGACCAAUCAGAUAUCCAGAUUGAGUGCUACUCGGAGGACACAGCGGCCAAUCAGAGGAGCUGUAACAUCAGCGCUCCAUUCAUGAAGUCCUUAUCCCAGGUGGGUGAACGUGUUAGUGUAAAAACAACGAGAGGUAAGAUAAGAACUUUGAUUUCAAAUUGAUCUCGACCAAUCAGAGGGUGUAUCUGAUAGUAAUACACAGCGGUCUGAGGAGCCAUAAACAAACCUCAACCAAAACGCCACUCUGAAGCGGGGGCGUUUCUCCACCUCUGUAGUCUAUAAGCUGGGCCAAUAAACUUCUACUGUAGUAAAAUGAAAAGGUAAAGGUGUUUUUAUUGAGCCGAAUUAUCAAUAAAAUGAUUAUUUUGUUAACAGGUAUGGAUUUAUGUGCUGCAGAGUUAGUAUAUGUGAACAAGAGCACAGUAAAGUUAAAUCAGCUAAUUUUCCAAUGAGGUUCUGUUUCUGAACAGAAGUACACCAUGUUCUACUGAGGCUAGUACAUAUAGGGUCACAGACGUAGUACUAGACACCAAACAUCUUUUUAACUUUGACUCAUUUCUUUAGCAAAGAGACUAAACACAACUCACCUACUCUCUUCCAGCAGACGCUUGUUUGUAGAGAGACCUCAGGCCAGUCCAUUACUGACUACAGCGGGGUGCCGCAGCUCAAGGAAGAACAUUUAUCAUUUAUGUGAACAUUCAUCUCUGGGGGGGGUCUAACUCGGGGUUACAGUGAGUUUGAACCUAAUUUAAAUUUACGCCGGAAUAUCCCUUUAAGAGCUCGCCACAGUUAAAACCUUCUGAGGGUACGGCCCCCCGUCUCCUUAAAUGAUGCUGGUUCUUCUCUCACUGGAAUCAGACAUGUGAGUUUUGAGUGCAGACGGCGGCUCUGAAACAGGUGGACCAUCAUCAUACCGCUGUUAUACAGUCAGACUAAUGAUAGUGAUUAAACAGAGGAGGAAUCCGCGCAGACUGACGACCAUCGACUUAAUCCUUCAUUAGCCUAAUGACCGUCCUGUAAACAUGAUCACGGCCCUGCCCUUCACUGCGAGGCCCCCGAGGGCCCACUUCACAGCUGCCUGUUCGGAUGAAGUCCGGUUUAUUGGUCCAGACUGAGCUGCAGAUUGAAGGCGGCUUCCUUUUAGUGAGGUGAGACGUAGCAGGAGGGAAACAGAGCGUCAGUCUGCUCAGUGAGAUGAUCUGACUCCUGGAGGAUCCGGGGACAGCUGAUGGUUUCCAGCCAAGAAAGAUCCAGAACACACAUUUAAUGUUAUUUCAACUGCCAUGAAAUACAAGUUACAGCAACCUUCCAUCACAACACAGCAGUGUCAGGCGCAUUACUGCCCCCUUCUGGAAAGGCUCGUACAUGUCUACUCCUGAAACAGUCUGACACGACUGAACAAAACAGCGACAUAAAUCCACCGUUUGUAUGUCAGUGCAGCCACACUCUAGUUUAACCUCAGAGCGUCUCUCUCCUGGUUCAGGUCUCCUUUCGUCUGGAGUUUGAGUUCAGCCGGUCCGUCUUCCUGGAUCACCUGAGGAUCAUCUUGGCAGCCAGCAGGUGAGACAGCUGAGGAAGCUUCAAUCCAUUCAAGUCUCUUAUGUUUUGUAUUUUUUGGUUUGACACAUGUCCCAUCUGUUUACAUGGAGGAAACAGACUUUAUGGCCCAUACUCUGGUCGGCCAGCAGGUGGAGCUCUAAACGUUCUGGCUCCAGUAAAGGGUUGGAACAGGAACACAGAUCUGGUCUUGUUUUAGGGUCAUGUGAGGACUGUUGGAUGAAGGAGAUGUUUGAGUCCAUGUGGACGCAGUCUGGAGGUCUGAGUUUCCUGUGUGAGGAUGUCGUGAUUUUCUCUUUGUGUAAUUAUAUCUAUUUUUAUAAUCAUGCAGUUUAAUUACAGGGACCCAUAUGUCAUUGUUGGACAGACAUGAGCUUUUGUUUAAGGGUUAUACAGGGACUUUAAAAACGAGUGUGUGUGUGUGUGUGUGUGUGUGUGUGUGUGUUAAUUUCACACUCAUACAUGUUACACUGUCUGAAUAUUUAAAGUGAGUGAGGGUAAAUAAUGGGGGCUGCCAGGCUCUUUUUGGGGCACACACAUAUUUUUGUUUAAGGGUAAAUAUGAGGACUAUAGGAUGAAGUGAACUUUUGGGGACCUUUGAGGUACAGCAGUCAGACACAUUCUUCUGCAGGUCUUCUUUACACACAUGUUGGUUUUCAUGUUGUCGCACAGUAACAGUGAUAAGACUCAACCUCUGCUGUUGCACACACGACAGUUCCUGAUUUAGGUUAUUAUGAGGAGUGGGCGUGUCGUAGAGUCAGGGGGUCGGGGCUAAUUAGGGGCGCCUCCUGCUGAUUCAUGACUGAAACUCCUUUAAACUGACCGUAGGAGUCAAAUCUGUGGAUGUGAUGACCUAAGAUGAGUUGCAGUAAAUGUCGGUGUUUUUCUGUGUUUAUUCGGUGUCGCUCGAUGUCAGUUCCAAAUAGAUUUUGGUAAAAUUCAUGACAAUUAAUUUUGUUCGCUGCAUCAGAGGAACAGUGUCAGGACAUUCACUGAUUAUCAAAGACUCACGGUAGCGUAAAAAACCAGUAGCGCCACUCGUCAAGGUUACUCUGGGUCAAGCAUCUCAGUAGCUGAAAGUACAGACUUAGCUCCGACACUGACUGUUGCUGAAACCGAAUGAAAACAUGAGGAUUAGGACACAUUAGGACACAAAAACUAUGAGGACACACAUGCUUAGUUUAAGGUCUACUUUGGGGACUUUUAUCAAACUGUCUCCACAAACCUUUCUCUUCGUCUGUGUGUGUGAAUCAGUGAAGGAGAAGAAGGUUACCCAGACGACAACAUCAACGAUAUCUUCCUCCCUCUGAUGUACCAAACCAACCUCCUCUUCACCAGGUGAGACACGAACACAAAGACUGAGUUUGAUUGAAAAUAAACGUUAGUUAACUCUGAAUAUUGGCCUGAAUGUGAGACGAUAUAUGAGACGAGACAUGAUAACAUCUUCCUCUCUUCCUCUGUCAUCCUCAGAGACCCCAACCCUCCUCGUUUUGAGAUCAGAGCAGACAGGUCCUCCUCCAUCUCUUUGUCCCGGGAAAAACCAGACAGCAGCUCCUCCACCUUCAACCUCACUUAUCAUGUGAGUUUCAAUAAAAUCAAGUUUUCUUUGAUUCAGAAAAAACACUUUUGUUUAGACGAGAAGUUAAAGAGUCGUUCAACCUAAACCCUCUUAAUGAAGCACGGUACUUUGGGAUUUAACUCAGUGUUAGAGUUCCUUUUGUGGACUUUUCUGUUCAAACAUUUUUAUCUGAUUUAUUCUGCUAUAAAAAUGUGAUUUUAUCGUAUUUGCACUUUAACCAGCUUUUGUUAUCUUUGAAAACAUUAAUUUAAAUCAUUUAUUCAGACCAAGAAAAACUUUGCAUCAGUGUGAGCGGAUUUCUUCAGACUGAAGGGUUUAUAUCAGCCUUCUCACACCUGCUCUCACUCAGACCAAUCAGACCCUCACACACCUGAUCACCUGAUCAAUGUCAGGGAUGAUUCCCUCCUCCGCCUCUAAGAACGACCUUCUUCAGUCCUUUCAUUCACCUUUUUCAGAGCUUUUAUCUCAUUUUAAUGAUAAUUCUCAUUGAACUAAAAGAAAACUUUAAUUUUACUUUUUUAAAUUAUUUUAUUUUAAACUUUUUAAUCUGACUUGCAGGUUUUCUGUCGUUUGCAGGAAAACACUAACAUUAUGUGAGGUGGACCUGUGACGGCAGUUUCAAAGUAUUUAAGUUCUCUUUCAUUUGAACAAAAUCCGGACGAAGGUGCAGAGUAAAGUCGACCUUCAUCUCGGCCUUAAAUAGAAUAAAAUAAAACUUUAUCGUCUUUAAACCUGACUUGUUAAAAACUCCUUCAGUCAAACACACAGACCACAUCAUUAAAGAGAAACACAACAGCAUUAGAGUUUACUGCUGUUGGACUUUAUUUACCUGCAGAUGGAUGGAUGACCUCCUGUAGAUGUUUUUACGGGUCGGUGCGGUUCUGUUGGAGUGAUGCAGAGGGUGGGCGGCGUCUUCAGUGAUGAUGAGGAUUGUUGUCCUUCGCACUGAUCGCCUGUAGAUCCUGACGAACCCGCAGACACCUCCAGGUCUAACAACAACAGACAGUUCUCAGGGUUUCAGUUUUCUGUCUGUGUCUUUAUUCGGGUUUGCAGAUCCAGAACUUGGGCAUCUUCUCAGUGCAGGAUGUCCUGUUCAGAACCGACAUCUGGGCCGUGACCAGACAGGGGAACCAGCUGGUGGAAAUCACAGACUACAGCGUCCAGCAGGUGACGAUCGAAGCCUUUAAAUGAGAGUAAACAGACGGUUUCAGGUCGGUACAGAUCCUGAGUCCUUCUCUUCCUCUGAGCAGGUGUCCGGGUCUCACUGCACGCUGCCUCAACAACCGAGAGCCAAUCAGGUGACUGCAGAGGACCUGACUCACCUGUCACAGCUGGUAAGAACCUAAUGAGGGAAUAAAUCAGCUGAGAAGAAGAAGAAGAACUUUUUCUCUUGUAGACUUCUGCACAUUUGUAAAACUGUGAAGUCGCCCUCUGGUGGCCUGAAGAAGAACUGCAGCUGUAGGACUCUCCUGGUUUGGCUCUCAGCUUGUCCUCCUCACUGCUGUAGGUCUCACACUGAUGGUCGAACACAAACACUCAGGACUCAGAGUUUUAUCGUCUCUCUGCAGAAUCACAGUAACAGCGAGAGUCUGGCGGUUCAGUGUCGACUGAACCUGCCGGCGUCCAGAGAGCUGAAGGUGACGCUCCGAGGAGAACUUCAGCUUCCUGCUCUCCUGGAGGUGAACCUCUGAGUUUCUAAACUAAAGGAGCUUCACCUUCUCUGUUUCUUUAAAGGGAUAUUCCACUUAAAUUAAUUUAGGGUCAAACCCACCGUAACCCCGAGUUAGAACCCGCCUCCAGAGAUGAAUGUUGUCGACCGCUUCCUUCUCUAGUUAUACCAACUUUAGUAACGACCGCAGGAUAGUAAUACAGAGAGCCACGCCCCCAACCAAAACGCCACAAUAUAUGGAGAUUUAAACACAACUCACCUACUCUCUUCCAGCAGCCGCUUGUUCGUUACUAAAGUUGGUAUAACUAGAGAAGGAAGCGGUCGACAACAUUCAUCUCUGGAGGGGCGGGGUCUAACUCGGUGUUACGGUGGGUUUGACCCUGAAUUAGUUUUACUCCAGAAUAUCCCUUUAAGUCUGUGUGACCAUCAGCUGAAUGACUGUUUCUCCUGUUUCAGGUGAGCUUCAGGUCUUUGGAGUUACUGACUGCUGCCUCCAUCCAGCUGGAAUCUUCCAGUCCCAUGUUCCUCCAGGAGGACCGACCCGUCAGAGAGGUAAGACUUCAGAACCAAGACCAGGAGGGUCCCACAGAAACCGGAUCCUAAUGAAGGAGAGCAAGGAUGAACUUUAAACUGAGAGUCUGAACUGGACCAGGAUCAGGACUCUGCUGCCACCUGCUGUUCAGACUCAUUAUUACAGUCAGUCCUGGAGCAGCUCUCAUUAAAAACAGUUAGAGUCCAAAUCAGAGGAGAUGGUUCAGAGUGACGGAGGAGGAGGAGGAUCUGGUUUUAGUCCUCAGGAGUUCUUAUUAAACCGUUUAAUUAGUUUGUUUUUCUGAAAUCACUCAGUUUCAUGUUUAAUGUUCUUCUGAAAACUUCAUGAAGGUCGUCUCUCCAUCCCUGAACUCUUGGUCUCCUCUGACCUGCAGCAGCAGCAGAGUGGUCAGAUGAUAUUAUCCUGAUAUAAAUAAAGGGCGGAUCAGUGACGUGGAUCAAACUGCUGGUUAAAGGAUUUCAUUCACUCGAGGGUCAGAGGGGAGCAGAUUAACUCCAGCGUUUGGAUGAUGUGAAUGUGUUUCUGCAGAUAAUCCUGGAGCUCAGGAAGGAGGAGGAUUACAGCGUUCCUGUUUGGAUCAUACUGGGGAGCUCACUGGGAGGCCUGCUGCUGCUGGCCUUACUGGUGCUGGCCCUGUGGAAGGUACAAGAACGCACCAGUAUACCCACUGAGUCACUUAGUGGAUUUAAAGUUUCCUAAAUUCGUCUUUUUUUCUCCUCAGCUCGGCUUCUUCAACAGACGGCGGCGACAGGAAGAGGAGGAGCAGCCUGUAGCCAAUGGGAAGGCAGCAGAGGAGCUUUAAUGUGCAGGCCAUGAUGAUGCGGCUUCGGUCGAUCCUCGUUAACUCCUAAAUUCACGAAAUCAUCGUGUUGCUGCUCCAGACUGGAGGACGUGUUCGUGAUCUGAGCUGUUUGUCAGGAUCAGAUUUUUUUUUUCUGCACAAAAUAUCAAAAAUAUUUUUAAAAAUUCAUCAAAUCUGAAUCCUGACGACGUUAAACUUCAGCUGUCAGACUUGACGAGUUAAUGAGGAUCACUUCGAUGCAUCACGAGCCUCCACCUGUCACUCAGGGAUUCUGUAGCCCCGCCCCCCUAGCAAAUUAGCCACACCUCUAAUCACAUGACCACUUUUCUGUUCCCCUAACGGGUCGAUGGUUUCACGUCUGUCCUCCUUUUCUGUCGAACUCAUGAAACCAGCAUCAGUCAGAGGACGGGAACAAGACUCAUCAGCACUAAGAGAGGGAAUCGUGAGGAAACAUGAAAACAUGAAAACAAAGAUGAACACAUGAAAACAAAGAUGAACACAUGAAAACUCAGUGGGACCGGAGGGAUGUGACUCUGAAGAAGAGAAGAAAACCAGCGUGAUGAGACCAGACUACCUACGACGGCUGAUUCUCUUAUUUUUGAAGUAUAAAGUGUAAAAGCAUCUUUUUUAAAAAACACUUCUUGUCGAUUAUUUCUAAAUUUAUACCUGACGCACUUUUGUUGUAUAAAGAUAAACUUGAACGUUUUGUAAAUAGUUUUGUGUUUGAUUGUUAAAGAUGGAGACGUUACAGUUUGACAUGAAGCUGUAAUUUUAGUUUGUACUGAAGUGUGGCGCUGUUGUGCGCUCACAGUUUAUACUGUUUGUGUUAAUAAAGGAAUAAAGUCCAUCGUU